UGACACGUCGUCAGACUGCUGCAGGUGGUCAUAAACUGUGUGCGUAAACAGUUGAUUGGAAGGUGGUGGGGAAUUAAUUCGUAUUUCGCCCCAGAAACAAACAACAGCUGUAGCAAUGGCCGAAGAAACCAAUUGCGAAGGGGGUGUGAACAACAUUGCCUACGUGAAAAACGAAACGGAUGAGAAGAUCAAAGAGCCUUUCGCCCACUACAACGCUAACAAAUCUAACUCGAAAGUUCGAAUUCAAGCCCCUAAUGCUGAGGCGUCUACGGGCUCCACAGCUCAUCCACAAACUAACUUCGCUGUUCAAGCUAUAGGCAAUUUACCAUCGUCACAAGAUGAUCAGACAAUGGAUUUUGACGACGUCUUGCCGUAUAUUGGCGAGUUUGGCACUUACCAGAUUAUCCUGUUCUUCCUUACCGCACCGUUCUGUUUCUUCAUGGCGUUCGUUUUAUUCAGCCAGGUGUUCAUCACGCUCAUAGACGUCCAUACCUGCCAUGUGCCGCAACUCAAUGAUUCGGGCCUCAAUCUUACCCAAAGGAGAGAGAUAAGUAUUCCACUGGUGACGCAGACAGUACUAGGCAGUCCACCGACCUUCGACAGUUGUAUGAUGUAUAACGUCGAUUACGAAUUAGUACUGAACGAGGGAUUGCAACCCAACGAGACAUGGCCGACAAUUCCAUGCCAGAAUGGAUGGGAUUACGACUUGGAUCAAAUCCGUUACCAUUCGGCCAUAACAGAAAAUAACUGGGUCUGUGACAAGGCCGGUCAUGCUCCCUUGGCGCAAGCUGUCUUCUUUUUGGGGAGUAUCGUCGGUGGCAUCGUCCUCGGUUACAUUGCUGACCGUUUUGGUCGCAUUCCUGCCCUCAUCUUGUGCAAUUUGAUCGGUGGAUUAGCCGGCAUCAUUACUGCCGUCUCCAACAGCUUCGAACUGUUCGCCUUUUCCCGUUUCCUGAUGGGCAUCGCCUUCGACAACGCCUUCACGCUCAUGUACAUUCUCGUAUUGGAAUACGUGGGACCUAGUUACCGGACAAUGGUGGCAAAUUUGUCCAUCGCCUUGUUUUACACGGCCGGCACUACUCUUUUGCCAUGGAUCGCUUGGGGCAUUGGUGAGUGGCGAAUGUUCAGUUUAGCCACUUCCAUCCCGAUGGUCCUGUCCGUCAUCGCUUACUGGGUCGUUCCUGAAAGCGCUCGUUGGUUGCUGUCUCAAGGCCAAACAGACCGGGCCAUUUCCAUCUUGAGGACUUUCGCUCGUAUCAACAAGAAAAAGAUCGACGAGAAUGUCUAUGAAAAGCUCAAGGCUUCAACUGCGGAAGCCAUCCAGGCCAGUUCCCAGGAGCCUGCAGUAUCGGUACUCGACUUGCUUCGAACACCUAGGCUCAGACGGAAUACUAUCCUACUCACUGUUUUCUGGGCCUUGAUUGCACUUGUCUACGACGGGCACGCCCGCAACACGGCUAAUUUAGGUCUAAGCGUCUUCCUGACUUUCAGCGUUGCGUCCGUCACGGAAUUGCCCGCCGAUUUAGUCCUCGUCUUUUUCCUGGACCGUUGGGGUCGGCGCGCCCUGGCCUUCGGUUCUUUGCUGGGCGCUGCUGCCUUCAGUUUGGCCACUUUGGCAGUACCCAGUGAUCAAGCUGCUUUGACUGCCGUCUUGGCCAUCAUUGGUCGAUUUUGUGUCAACAUUACGUUCAACAUUGGUUUGCAAUAUGGAGCAGAGCUGAUUCCAACGGCUGUUCGAGCCCAGGGCAUUGCGUACGUCCAUAUUGCUGGUUACGUUGCAGCCAUUGUGUCACCCUACAUCGUGGAUCUCGCAAGAAUUAGUCCACUUUUGCCACUUACCAUUCUCGGAUUGCUGGCGCUGAUUGGAGCUGUUGCAGGAGUCAUGUUGCCGGAAACGCUGGGCGCUGUUCUGCCGGAGACUAUGGAGGACGGUGAAAACUUUGGCAAAGAUCAAAGUUUCUGGGAUUUCCCCUGUUGCAAAAAGCCCAAAAAGAUUGUGCCCUUGUCACAGCGACGACGUCCAGUUUCUACCCGUGGAGAAGUCUACAGAUCUAACAUGUUGGUCGCACGGCCUUCUCGAGAAAAGAAACCUGUGACACACCAUCAAUCUUGCCGCUUCUAAAUCUACUAGUUGUGCCAAUUAGCAAAAUGAAUCUUAGUCUUGUAACCGCCGAAUCUUGAGGACAACAGAUUUUUUCAUUUC